AUGAGUGAUUAUGGAGAGAAGACUUGUCCACUGUGUGCUGAGAAGAUGGAUCUCACUGAUCAGCAAUUGAAGCCUUGCCAAUGUGGCUAUCAGAUAUGUGUUUGGUGUUGGCAUCACAUAGUGGACAUGGCAGAGAAAGAUCAAACAGAAGGGCGUUGUCCGGCUUGUCGCACUCCAUAUGACAAAGAAAAGAUUGUUGGGAUGACUGUUGAUUUUGACAGUCUGGCCUCUGAAGGCAACAUUGAGCGCAAGAAGGUUCAAAAGUCAAAAUCAAAACCUUCUGAAGGGCAAAGGGAACUCACCAGUGUGCGAGUCAUUCGAAGGAAUCUUGUUUACGUUGUCGGGUUGCCCAUUAAUCUAGCAGAUGAAGAUCUACUCUAUCACAAAGAAUAUUUCGGUCAGUAUGGAAAAGUUCUGAAGGUUUCAAUGUCACGAACAGCAUCUGGUGUCAUCCAACAGUUCCCAAACAGUACAUGCAGUGUAUAUAUUACUUAUGCAAAAGAGGAAGAGGCUGUUCGCUGCAUUCAGGCUGUUCAUGGGUUUAUCUUGGAUGGUAAAGCACUGAAGGCCUGUUUUGGGACAACCAAGUAUUGUCAUGCAUGGCUGAGAAAUGCGGCUUGCGUCAAUCCUGAUUGUCUCUAUUUGCACGAGGUUGGUUCUCAAGAGGAUAGUUUCACAAAAGAUGAGGUCAUAUCUGCCUAUACAAGGAUUAGAGUUCAGCAAGUCACUGGAGCAACAAAUAUUAUGCAGCACCAUUCAGGGAGCAUGCUACCUCCACCCCUGGAUGCUUAUUGUGACAAUUCUUCUACAAAACCAAUUGUAAAAGUUCCUUCAACUAAUGCAGCAAGUGUUCCCAGGUAUUCUCCACCUAGUGGGAGCGGGAGCUCUAGUAGAUCCACUGCUCUUCCUGCUGCAUCGUCAUGGGGGACACAAAUUGCAAACCAGCAGUCUUUAGCAUCUUCAGUUACCUCAAAUGGAUCUUCUGAUAUACAAAGAUCAACAUCAGUAAAUGGAACCUUGCUCUUCUCUGCUGUUGUUGCAAACGCAGCUCAUGGGCCUCUAUCCUCAAGUGACAUUCUUAAAAGACCGUCUCUCAAAGAUGAACGCCAAACUGUCGCUGACAAAAGUAAACCUAAUGUGUUGAAGCCUUUGCAGCAUAGUGUUGAGGUUGAUUCUGGGUCCAAGAAAACUAUCUCAUCCGAUAGGGAUUCUACUAGCAAUUGGUUAUCUAGUUCAACAGACUCUUCCUACGAUGGCAGAGGCACUGACAAUGCUUCAGCUACUGUGAACUCGUUUGACGAUUCAAAUGAAGCUGUAGAAGAUGUCCCUACUGUAACCAACUUGUCGGUUGGUGUUUCGCGCAUGGGGAUGACUACGAAUUCUAUAGAUGAACGUCCUGAUAUUCCAAUGGAGAUUAGUGGUCAGUGUGAUCAAGGUUCUAUUAGACAACCUGGUCCUGAAGUAUCAAAGUUGCCACAUUUAGAGCAGUUUAGGAUGGAUAGCUCUAUAGAGACUGAUAAGAAAGCUGUCCCAUCAGAUAAUGGGCUCCCCUGCACAAGGCCUGAGUGGGAUUGGAGAUCAGAUUUGCAAUCCCAGAUGCAAGCUAGCUCAAAAUUGGAAGUGGAGAAUGUAUCAUCAUUUGAUAGCCAACGGAAACACCCUGAAGAAGAUAUCAUUCGCUCGCGGUUUCUGUCUAAUUCGUCAAGUUCCAUGUUAGAUUCAAAUAAUAUGACUUCUCGUUCUCCCCUGCCUUUUGAAAUCUCAGGUCUGAACGAUUCACAUUCGAGGUUUGCUUUGGACAGAGGCAACGAUAGAUUGCAUGUUCCUAAUGGAUUCGGUGAGAAAACCAUGUCCAAUGUGGAGCACUCUCUGUUUGCUAAUGAAGGCAGGAACAAAGUAAGCAACUCAGAGGAUGCUAUAAUCUCAAACAUUUUGUCACUCGACUUUGAUCCAUGGGAUGAAGCCUUGAUUUCUCCCCACAAUUUACCUCAGUUUCUUGGUGAAGUUGAUCAGCGAUCUAGUACUCUUAAACCUUCCAACCUCCUGAAGCAACAUAACGGCCAGUCCAGAUUUUCUUUUGCUCGGUAUGAAGAAUCUAGUAAUCAAACAUCUGGCAGUGAGAACCUAUUUGGGCAGUUGCCGAGAGGUAAGCCUAUUCAGGAGUCUGUAGCGAGCCGAGAUAUCUAUCAGGAUAAUCUUGGGAGUCUUAAUGGAUUUGCUUCAAACUACUCUGGUGGAUGGGAAAACUAUGCUUCUAGUCCUUUAUUCUCUUCGUACAAGAAUCCUGUUUCACGACCUCAAGUUUCUGCUCCUCCAGGAUUUUCUGCUCCCAGUAGGUUACCUCCUCCUGGCUUCUCUUCACAUGAUAGAGUGGGCCAAUCUGCAGAUACUGCAUCAGGAAGUCGUUUUCCUGACUCUACCUCCUUGUUGAGGAAUGCUUAUCAAGUACAGCCUCCAGUUGUAAGCAACUCAGAGGAUGCUAUAAUCUCAAACAUUUUGUCACUCGACUUUGAUCCAUGGGAUGAAGCCUUGAUUUCUCCCCACAAUUUACCUCAGUUUCUUGGUGAAGUUGAUCAGCGAUCUAGUACUCUUAAACCUUCCAACCUCCUGAAGCAACAUAACGGCCAGUCCAGAUUUUCUUUUGCUCGGUAUGAAGAAUCUAGUAAUCAAACAUCUGGCAGUGAGAACCUAUUUGGGCAGUUGCCGAGAGGUAAGCCUAUUCAGGAGUCUGUAGCGAGCCGAGAUAUCUAUCAGGAUAAUCUUGGGAGUCUUAAUGGAUUUGCUUCAAACUACUCUGGUGGAUGGGAAAACUAUGCUUCUAGUCCUUUAUUCUCUUCGUACAAGAAUCCUGUUUCACGACCUCAAGUUUCUGCUCCUCCAGGAUUUUCUGCUCCCAGUAGGUUACCUCCUCCUGGCUUCUCUUCACAUGAUAGAGUGGGCCAAUCUGCAGAUACUGCAUCAGGAAGUCGUUUUCCUGACUCUACCUCCUUGUUGAGGAAUGCUUAUCAAGUACAGCCUCCAGUUGGUAAUCCGAAUGGUGCAAAUGAUUUGGAGUUUGUGGAUCCUGCAAUAUUAGCUGUGGGAAGAGGGAUGGUGAAUGCAGACUUGGAUAUGAGAUCAGGAUUCUCAUCUCAAAUGAAUUCCUUUGGAAACGAAACAGGACGGCAAAUGUUGAGACAUCAGUCUCUGUCUGCUGCACAACAACAAGUGAAUGGGUUUCACCAUGAUCACAGAAACUUAUCUCCUUCGCUUGCCACCGAUCCUUACGGAUAUAGUUCAAGGCUAAUGGAUCAUCAGACACAGGGAAGUAGCGUAUCUGUCUUGUCACAGCUCCAAAGACAACAACAACAACCAUCUGCAAAUUCAAACUUGUCGAAUGGUCACUGGGAUAAGUGGAAUCAAGGCCAAAGUGUGAACUCUCUGAGCAUGCCUGAGCUUCUUAGGAAUGAACGGAUGGGAUUUAAUGGGAGCCUAUACAACAACGGCUAUGAAGAACCCAAAUUCCGGAUACCAAGCCCUGGAGAUGUUUAUAAUAGGACAUAUGGGAUGUGA